UCCCCCCCUCUCUCAUCUAACUUUAUUCAUUCCAUAUAUACUAGAUCUAAACCUAGCUUAGCUUAUAUACACAACACACCUUCUUUAUCCCAAAAGCCCUCUCUUUGAUGAAAAUCACAAGACCCCAUCAACAACAUCCUCCCCCUCUCCCCUAUGUCUCUCCCACCUCAUGCAAAUAAGAAACCAUUCAAUUGAUCCUCCUCCUCCUCCUCCUCCCUGCCUACUAAAACAAACCCCAAAUCCACAUAACCAAAUUUCACAAUCACACAUGAUGUCCCCUGACAAUCAACCAAGCAAAGAAGACAACCAGAGCUCCGGCGGUGCCCGUGAAACGGCUAAUUCAACAACUAGGCCACCAGAUCAACAACAAGCCCUCAAGUGUCCAAGAUGUGAGUCACCCAACACUAAAUUCUGCUACUACAACAAUUACAGUCUCUCACAGCCUAGACACUUCUGCAAGACAUGUAGGAGGUACUGGACUAAAGGAGGAGCCUUGCGGAACGUUCCGAUAGGCGGUGGGUGCAGGAAGAACAAGAAGGUGAAGUCAUCCUCAUCUUCAUCUACCUCAAGGCUUUCAUUAUCAGGUGACUCAUGUGGAUCAUCAGAGAUUAAUAUUGGUGGUGGAUUGAAGUUCUUCCAUGGUCUCUCUCCAGCUAUGGAUUUUCAGCUUGGUGGGUUGUCUUCAUCAUCAUUACUUCUUAACCAGUUUUCUUCAUAUCAUCAUCAUGGAGACUUGACAAUGUCAGGAACUGCUGCUGUCACUGCAGCUCCUCCCAAUUCUUUCACUCCUGUUGAUCCUUCUGGAAGUUCUCUCUUGGGUUCCACUUUCAAUUACCAUCCACUGGAGAUGACAAAUCACAAUGUUCACAACAGUAACAAUAAUAUUGCAUCUUCAAUUGAGUCAUUGAGUUGUAUAAACCAAGAUUUGCACUGGAAAUUGCAACAGCAGAGACUGCAGUCCUUGCUUAGCAGCAGCUCCACCUCAGCUCCUGCAGUGGAGAAUCAGGUGCAGAAGCCACAACCCAUUUUGUUUCAGAAUCUGGAGAUUUCAAAACCAGAUGAUGAUCAUGUUGGUGGGAAUUCAAGGAAAGAUCAUGGAGCAGCUGAUACAACAACAGCAACAACUGAGUGGUUCUUUGGUAAUUCUUAUGCUCCAGUUAAUACUAAUAACACUAGUACUGCUGGUAAUAUUGCCAAUGAUAGCACUACAGGGAGCUGGAAUGGUGUUCAUGGUUGGAGUGACUUGAAUCAAUACACUUCUUUGCCCUAGAAUAUAGAUGAUCAGAAUCAUCUUCUUCAAAAGAGGUAGCUAGCUAGACCCCUUAAAAGGAUAAUUAGGAGAAAAACAAUAGUGUGUUGUAUUAUUAUUAUUCAAAAAACUCAUCUUUAUAUUUAGGCAUUUAUAAAUGUUGCUUCUACUAUGUUUAAUGGUUCAAAAUCAGCAUGUAAAACUUCUUG